CAGCUGUGAGGCAGCGCAGCAGACGGACUGAAGCCUUCAACAUGAACGCUGCUCUGGUGCUGUUGGUGUCGUCACUGCUGGCCGCAACGGCAGCUCAGUCCCACGACCACCACGACAUGGCCUGGGUCAACGGCUACCGCCAGAGCUUCAACUUCCAGUGUGCCCACGGAGAAGUCGUUGUGGCCAUCAGGAGCUACUUCAGCGAGGCGGACGGCAUGGACCGCCUGUGGACGUUUGAGUGCCAGCCCACCCCUGAAAGCCUGGGGGAGCCCAGCGACUGCUGGUGGGACGACAUCAACCGUGGUGGGUUGGAGUGGACUUCAACAUGCACUCGCAACGGCCUGGUAGCGGGCGUACAGAGCAAGUACUUUGAAUCUGUUCUGGACCGGGAAUGGCAGUUCUACUGCUGCUAUUACAAACGCCGCUGUCCCUACUCCUGCAUGAGGACCACUGAAAUCCCCGAACACUACAGAGAAGAGGCCGAGCUGGUGGUCCCGAGCUAUGGAUACUUCAUCCGCGGUGCCCAGACCACGUUCAGUGGAGUGCUGAGAGAUCGGCAGUGGAAGUACAUCCUGUGCAGAAUGACAGACUUUGACUGUGAAUUUGAAAAUUUAUAAGCAGUUUUAACUAAACAUCCAUAUUUACUCUAACAUGUAAACAAAAACAUAAUAGUGACAUUAUACAUAACUGAUAUGAUUCAUGUUUUCAUUAAGGUUUUUACUUGUGUUAAAUGCAUCAGGCAUGUGUCUGUAUAACCACUGUUUUCUAGUCAAGCACGCAAAAAGAACGGCGCACGUAAAUGUUAAACAUCAGCACUGAGGCUGCGUUGCACCAACAAGGAUUUCAAUCAUGUUGCACAAACUAUAAAACUAUCUUAAAUAAAUUAAACCUAGCUUUAAAUGUCUGUUUAGUUAAUCUACACUUAGAUUGAAAUGUUAUUGUGUUGCACCAAAACUUUGAAAUGUAAAAUAUGAUCUGAUAUUAUGCACCGUUGAUGAGCAACAGCAAUAUUUACAUACUCCUAAAUUAACACACACACACACACACACACACACACACACACACACACACACACACACACACACACACACACA